GUAGUACAGCUAAGCUAAUUAGAUAUUUAUGGCACCAAUAUGAGGAGCUCCUAAGAGUAAGAGAUGACAUCAGGCUAUUUAAGGAGUCCAAGUGGGAAACUGGCUCAAGACUUCCAAGACAAUGGAGAAAACCUUCAACUCUGAAGGAUUAAACUCAAGUGUCUGAGAUGUAUACAUAGUUGUCCAGGCUUUCUUUGAGAUUCCAUUUCCAUAGCUACAGAGUUUUCAAGCUCAUCCUCCAGAUGAAGAGUAAUCCACUAUAGGCAAAUGGUUCUCAUGAGUGAAGUCUUGUCAGAUGUCAGUGCUGAAUAAUGAUGCUCAAUUAACUCAGAGAAGUCUUUUUGUGAAGAGGGACCAUUUUCUUCAGGAGUACCAUCUCUCAAAGCUUUUAUUUCUACCAAUUUGACCUCACCCAUGGCAGCUGAUGGCAAUAUUGUUCCCUUGCGUCAGAAGCCCAAGAAGAAAACUCAAGGUUUCUUCACAAUGAGCCGGAGGAGGAUAUCCUGCAAGGAUCUGGGACACGCUGACUUCCAGGGGUGGUUAUACAAGAAAAAGGAAAAAGGGACCUUCCUCAGCAACAAAUGGAGAAAGUUCUGGGUUGUGCUCAAGGGGGCAUCCCUGUAUUGGUACGGCAAUCAGAUGGCAGAGAAAGCCGAUGGAUUCAUCAACUUGCCAGAUUUUGCUGUGGACAGAGCUGCUGAAUGCAAGAAAAAACAUGCUUUUAAGAUCAGCCAUCCACAGAUCAAGACUUUUUAUUUUGCAGCAGAGAAUGUGCAGGAAAUGAACAUGUGGUUAAAUAAGCUUGGGUUAGCUGUAAUCCGUCUUGCAACCACAGGAAAAGAUGAAGAAUGCUACAGUGAAAGUGAGCAUGAGGAUCCUGAAAUAGCUGUGGAGAUGCCACCCCCUCCCUACUCGGCUGAGCCUCCAUCGCAUUUGGGUCCACAGGAAGCAUCUUCAUCUUCACUUGUAUUGAGUGAACCAUCCUGCUCUUUUUCUUCCCUGGAGAGUUCAGUCAAGUCAUCCAGCAGUUCUUCUUCUUCCACGUCUAAAACAAGCUACCCAGAAAGGCAGUCUUGGCUCGACAUUGUUAACAAUUCCUCUACUUCUGUAGAUGUGGGACAGUCCAUAAUGGUUCAGAUCCAUUCACCUGCCCUCCAAGCAGAGGCCUCAGAAAAUGGACUUGUCAAAUCCGACAGUGGAUUUCUGAACUCUUUGUCUAGUGAGGAGACGUGCUCAUUCAACAGCAGUUUAGAUCAUCUCUCUGUUCCUGAUGACACGAUAGGACUUAAGACACCAGAUAGAGAACAGACAAAAGGUCUUGAAGAUGAUGAAAUGGAAAAGCUUUACAAAUCUCUAGAACAAGCUAGUUUAUCUCCUAUUGGGGAUCGGCGACCUUCAACCAAAAAGGAGUUGAGGAAGUCUUUUGUUAAGCGGAGCAAAAAUCCGUCCAUCAAUGAGAAACUUCACAAAAUCCGGACACUGAAUAGCACAUUAAAGUGUAAAGAACAUGAUUUAGCCAUGAUUAACCAGUUGCUGGAGGAUCCAAAGUUGACGGCAAAGAAGUAUAGAGAAUGGAAGAGCACAAACAGCUUGUUGGUUCAGGAGAUCUAUCAGCAGCAGAGUGCAAAGAUUGCCACUGAAGGGCUUUAUCUGGAACCGGAGGGACAACCUUCCUUUACUCGUGUGGAAAGUUCUAUUUGACAUCAAGCCAGAACUCUCUCCCUACCUUAUUUUAUCCCAAGCAACCCUUUAAGCUGCUACAAAGUCUUACAUUUUUCCUUAAAAGGAUACCUAAAAACUAGUCCCCAGAGCCUCAGAUCUGGCCUGAUAAGGUGACUUCAGUGGAAGCAAAUUAGCUAAUGCAUGAAAUUCCUAGUUCAAAUGACAGUGUAUCCAUCCAUUUGAUGAGUCGAACAGUUAAAUUCAGGUAUAUUCAUAUUGAGGAUUUGUUAUAUAUGAGGUGCUAUGAGAGGUAAGGAAGUGGAGGGAGGGCAGCAGCCCAGAUGAGAUUCAUAUGAUAUGAUCUGCUUUUAAGGAGCAUAGAACACCAAUCUGUGGAACAGAGAAGGGAUUCACUCACAAGUGAUUUUCAGUUUCAUGAUUCAAUCCCUUGGUAACACAGAGGAAGAAAAUGUAAAAGAAAAUCACACAUGGUCUACCUGGCUGGAUCGCCAUCUUCCCUAUGUCACUUUUGGAUGGGAGGAAUACAAUAUAAAUGAUUUUGUUGUUGCUGUUGUUUAAUUCAGAAUCUUGUCUUUGGGGAAGCAGAUUGCCAAUCUCAUUUCCACAUCCACUUAAAGAGAAUACAUUGGCAUUAAAAAAAAAGACUCAGAAGAGAGCUAUCCAUGGGAGAAAUGUUCUAUCAUUUGUGGACUCAAAGGACUACUUGACAUUUUCAAAUUUCACACUGGUUGGGGGAAUCCUACGGCACAUGGAGAGAUGUUGCUUGUGUGGCUUGGGGACGUCUGUUUUCUGACUUUUUUCAUCAACUACAGGACUUACCCAUGCAUUGAGAAAGCUAUGUCUGCUGCCUGUAGAACUGACUAUGGUUCAACUACAGGAUUUGUAUUUGUAUCCAAGUGCCCUGGGUUCCCAAAGAGAGAGGAUAUUUUUGGCACCUGAAGUUUUUCAAUUUCUUUAUUCAAAGGAAUUAAAAGAAAUUUGAGCUAAUUCAUAGUUGCUUUUAUUUUUGUAAGGUUAUCUGUCACUUUAUGGCCUAUGUGAAUAUAUAGCUAUGUACAUAGAAAUAUGUAUAUGUUUGUUAUUUAAGUCUAUUUAUAGAAGUCUAGAUUACCAGUGUUAAUAAGAUCAUGCUAUUUUCCCCUCAUUGAAUAGCUUACAUGUUCUAAGUAGACUUGUUUUUAUUUUGAGAAAAAAGUGGGGAUAACAGUGAGUUGUUUUCAAUCAUUCUGCUGCACCAACUGUGAAGUCUGAGGUAUUUUCAGGAAAUCUGUAGCAUAUAUAUAUAUAUGAGAACAUGCUAAAUAUGUCGUUUGGUUCCUCCUUCCUCCAUUAUAUCAUCAUAGUAUAAUGGAAAGUACAUUGGAGAGGGAAUCAGAAGAUCUGGAUUCAGGAUAUGGUUCUGACAUUUCUUAGGUUUGGAAUUUUGGCCAAAUUACUUGUCUUUCUUAGCCUUAGCUCAUCUAUAGAAAAGAGCUAAGAAUAGCAGACCAGACAAUCUCUCAAGUCCCUUCUAGCUUUAAUCUCUGAUUAUCUUCCCCCAUUUAUACCUAUAGUGGCAGUCACAGAAUCAUUGAACUUUAUUAUUAGAAGGGACCCAAGUCCAAACCCAUAUCUAAAUAAGAAUUCUUUGUAUAAUAUGGCCAAUAAGUUCUUGUCAUCAGGAAAUUUUCUUUUUCACCAGGCAGUCCAUCUCUUUUUAACUUCCAUUUAUUUCUCCUGGUUUUGACUUCAGGGACCAAAUAGAAAAACUCCUAAUACCUCAUCCAUUUGACAGCCCUUCACAUAUUUGAAGAGAGCUGUCUAGUACUGUAAAACAAAUCAAAAUUUAGUUUACAAUCAUUUAAAUUGGGAAAUUUUGGCCAGAGAGUUCUUAGAGUUCAUUAUAUUUUCAUAUAACUUUGUCAAUCAAAAAAAGGAAACCUGAAUUUUUCUUCAUUGUAAGGAACUUCUUCCUUCAAUCAGGCUCUCUCUCAUUGGUAUGAUUAUGACUAUGUAUUUGUAUAUAAUUAAACUAUGAAUAUACAUCAUACAUAAUUCCACUUUUUUACAAUUAUAUAUGAUUAUAUACAUAUAGGCAAUUAUAUAUUUUUAAGUAUAUGCAAAAACAAAGUCAAAUGCCAAAUAGAUAAAACAUUCUGGAAUAGCAUUCUGAUUAAGAUAUGUUAGAAAUUCUAGUACUACUUUUUAAAGAUGAAUUGUUUGAGGAACAAGAUGAGGAAAGAAGCUACUUCACUUGGAAAUUAUUGUGAGCCCUGCUCACCACAGCUAACUUUGGUCUUCUAUCAAGCAAACACUGAAAUGGUAUACUCUGUUUCAUACCCUAAACAUUUAGCUUAAUAAUAAAAAUGUAAGGAAGCCCCUAAACUGCCCCUAUCAGUUAAACACAUAUAUACAGUCAAUUAAAAUCAGCUCCAUGUUCCAGGGGGUUUAGUACUAUCCACUCUAAGGAUGAAGCAAUCUCAAUAUGAAAAGGAAAAGAAAAACACUUGUGUAACGCAGUUUUGGGAAUAGAAAUGAUACCAGGAUGAGAAAUGCUUGUUCUGUAAUGUAGAUAAAUUUCCAUGUCUCAAUGUGAACUCUUCACAAGUGCUAUGAAGCUGUCCCAUUGACCUUUUCCUGUAAACUCUUAUGCCACCAUAGAAACUGAAGAGAAGAAAAGGGUCAUUAGGGCCAGACCUUUCAAAGACUUUCAGAAGUCAUCUGUGACACAGUUUUAUAAAGAAUUUUGGUAUUCUCCAUUAUGGGUCAAGAUGGUCAUUAUCAGUAUCCCUCCCCCAAAUUAAAGUCUCACAUGUUAAACCUGCCCUUGGCUCUAAGUAGACCAGGUUGGUGGUGAUUAGGAAAAGAUGUGGAUCUGGACCCAAGCAAUCAACUCAUGCCAUCAGUUGCAAUUCUCAGUAUUAUUACCAAUGGACAUCAUUUCUUUACUAAUGUUUAGAAACUUCUUCUGAUGUAAAAUGGAGUUGUUCCAUAGCCAUUACUUUUUUACAUUGAUAUGUUCCAGUGGAAACUUUAGAAAAAGCAUCUGAUAAUUUAAAAACUAGUCAUAAAAUAAUGACUAAUGGAUAGCCCAGGUACUCCCACUGAUAAUUUCUAAUCUAGGAAGGAUACAAGAAAGAUCCUCAGCACAGAACUUGGAUCUCCCGCAGUGCAUUUAGGGGAGGACAUAGACAAAGAUACCUACAGUGUGGUUGGGUAUGGUUGAAGAGAAUACCUGAAGAAGUGAGAUUACAGAUACACUGGAGUUGGAUAAAAGCCAGGAUACUAUUGUCCCAUCUUUUUUGAAGUCUAGAUAAAAUUCGAUAUAGAUCUAAAUUGUAGAACUCAUCUCGUCCCAGUUAAUGGGGAUUUUACAUUACUGAAAUAGAAGAGUCCUUGUAAUAGUUUUAUUUCUGGUUCAUCAAAUAGUUUCCUAUGGAAGGUAUGGAAAUGUCCUCAUGAUGUAAAAGAAAGAUGGUAUUGGUGAAUAUUUUUAUGGUUCCUCAAAAACUGUGAUGUUGAGGUUGUACCAUCAAUGCACCAGUUUCAUUUAGAACUGUUUGUGGAAGUUUGUUCUAGGUAGAUACAUUGUGGGUCUAAAAGAUAAAUGAAAGCCUAUCAAUUUAAGCUCAUUUUGAGAGAUUAGGUCCUUAUAUACCCCAUGACUAGCCAGAGCCACUCAGAUGAUCUAGAAAACUGGUUUCAUCUAACCUCUCCAUUAAGAGUUGGUGAUUCAGAAUAAUCAUGGUACUGACCUUUCCUUGGUGGAUGGUUACCCUUUGGUUACCCUAAGGUAACCUCUUAGGGACACCUAAAUCCAGACCUGAUGAAGUUAUCUUAAAAGAUGGAGGGUGACUUUUAAGGGUAUUUUGCUCCUUUUCCUCAACAUCCUACAACUCACAACAGUGUAUUAUACACUAGAGUAAGAGCUAGAACACUCAGAAAAGUGUGCUUUGGUGUUGACAUUUGAAACAAACCCUUCAAUUACCCUUUGGGUCCUCCACAAGACCUUUUUCUUGAAUGUGUCAUAGAAAACUAGACCUUGGAAAAUGAAAAAUUCAAAGAAAAAUGAAAUACCUAGAGAGCCAUUAAAAAAAAAAAACUUACCAUCCACAUUAGAAUCAAUGCUAUGUAUUGUUUCUAAGGCAGAAAAUUGGUAACUAGGCAAUGGAGUUAAGUGACUUGCCCAGGGUCAUACAGCUAGGAAGUAUCUGAGGUAGAUUUGAAUCUAGGACCUCCUGUCUCUAGAGAACCAUUACUAAAGGUUUUAAGAAGCCCUAGGAUGUAUUGAUAUUUGGAACAAAAUUUGGAUGUAAAAUUGUGAAAAGCAGAAACUAAAGAACAAGAGCUUUUAUAUACAUAAAUUUUAAAUAUCAUCUUGAAAAUCAUAGUGGUCCAGUCACAGAAUAAAAAAUUUGAGGAUAGAAAUUCUUGGAAGCCAUUCUGCCCAACCCAUGUACCCACUUAUUUCUACUAUAACAUGCCCUACAAAUGGUCAUCCAAUCUCUGUUGAACCUUCCGUCCAAAUGAAGAGAAACCUGUCACCUCUUGAGGCAUUCCAUUCCAUUUUUGAGGGCAGUUCUAAUUCUUAAGAAGGUUUUCCUCACAUUGGUUCUAAAUUUACCUUUUUGUGACUUCAUAUUCCUUACAGUUUCAUCCUCAGUUAUUCCCUUCUACCUGUAAAGGUAGAGAAAGCCAUUUCCCAAGUGUAGUGGGAAUUCCUUGUUCCCUCCUCUCUUCCCCUCACAACCCUAGUAAUAAUUAUAUGAAUCAAGGACAAACCAUUUAACUUACUAGUAUGUUUCCCUCAAUUGGUAAAGAUAAAUUAUGCCAUUUAUUAGGUGUUUUAAGAUCCUUGAAUAAUAGACAUAUUUUAAAAAAUGGUAGCAUCCUACUUUUUCUAUGAAGAGGGAAUUAGAAAUAACUACAUACUUUGGCCCAAACUCCUAACCUCAGUUUCUCCAUAGGAAAAUGAACACUGUUCCCUUGUUCCCAUAUUUUCAUAGGAAUGUUAUAAAAAUGAAUAAGACAAUCAGAUGUUUAAUAAGCCUUCAAACUUCAAUAGGUGCUAUAUAUUUUCAAGGGACCGAAUGUAACCAAGUCCCCAUACUCAAUAUCAAUAAUUAUCUAUAAAAUAUACUCCCCCUCACAGAACUACUUGUAUAAGAUAUAGGUCCAUACAUAUUACAAUUCUGGACAACAAAGAUCAAAUGAUCACUUCACACUAACUGAAGUGCUAGGGUACUCUUCUCUGACUAAAUAGUACUUCUAGUCUGUAAGCUCCAUGAGGCCAGGGGCUAUGUCUCCAAUCUUGGUAUUCUUUCCAUGACUAACACAAUAGGUGCUUAAUAAAAGCUUAUUAGAGUCAAUUGUUAAGUUUUAGUUGGGCUUUCUUAUGCAUGUAUGUCAUCCAUCCAUCAGCACAGCCAAUAUGUUCUCAUUCCAAAGUGAGGAAACUGAUUUUCAGUAAGGUAAAAAUGGUGACAUGCUUUUAGUAGCAUAAAAGAGAGGAAGGAACACUAGACUGGGAAUCAAGAGACCUAGAUUCUUUUCCCAGUUUUGCUCCUAAUUAUCUAUGUCAUUUGGUGCAAGUCAUAUACCCUCUCUAGGCUUGGCUUCCUCUAAAAAGCAAGGGAUCUCUGAGAUCUCUCUCACAUUCUAAGACAAUGAUUCAGAGUUACAGCUCAGAGAAACAAUUAUUCUGCCAGAGAGCCAGACUUCUCCUUCAGGUGGAGGCAGUGAAAUUAUAGUAGAUGGUCCAGCCACAGGCAUCACCGUAAAAAUCAACAACAAAACCCAACAACCUGUAGGUUUCUACGAAUGAGAUUCUGCUGUGGAAGAUGGUGAGACGCUGUGGGUUUUCUUUCUUGUUGUAAGGCAGGAAGUGGCUUUCCUGUCUUCAGUGUAAAUAGGUAUCUUUCACACACACGAACAGCCUAGCAAGUAUCACAAUGAUCUUUACUCAUACUUUGCAACUUCAUUUGUUGCGAAAAGGAGAACUAAGCUGUUCCAGGCUGAUGGCACCCACAAUAUAGAGACAUAUCUCUAUGGAGAAUUAUUUUUCAAGCAUCCUGUGACACAAGCCAAGACGAUAUCCCUUCCUGUCUUGAAGUCCUUGGUAGGUGGGCAAUGUGAUAUUUAGAAGCACCUGGUUGGGAUGUCUUGACUUUAUUUUCUGAUUGUUCCUAAUUGUUGCUAGAAAUACUCCGUACUCUCAUUAUUGCCAGAUCUGAAAUAAAAUAUAGGAAGCAUCAUUUUGUGCUUUUAAAUUGCAUUACCAAAUGUCUUUUUAAAAUGUUGAAUAAAAGAAAUACUUUUAGUAAAGCAACACAGAAGGAAUGGCAAGAAAUUUCUCAAAACAACACUUAUUGUUCAUCUACUGCUGUCUUUGCUGCUGGGGAAAAAAUAUCAAGCUCUGGGCUGCCUCUUUUUACUGGAUUUUUCUUCUACAAAGGUUAGAGUGACCUCUUGUGGAUAUGAAGUGAGCUUCCCACUGAUCUGAAAAAAACAGAAGGGCCCCACAUAAUCACUGGGUUUCACAUUCUGUUGGUGCAUGUUAACAUAUUGUUCUGCAAAUAAAGCUUUAAUGAACUUUC